AUGGACGACAACCGUUUCUCAAAGACUCGAAAAGGGAAUUCUGACUUUAGUCAAGGACACGUUAACCCUCGGUUUUCCGAAACCGAAGAAACAAAUCAUUCUGGCGAAUUCGGACUGAAUGAUCCUGAUAUCAUUGUGGGACGAUAUUUAAUAUAUGACUCAAGAACUAGACGUUGUUACGCUAGAAACAAUUCUUCGUUUGAAAUAAACACUCCAAGGGAUGGAAAUCACAUAUCAAAAAUGAUGAAUGUUAUACUAGGGCGCGCAUCUCCAAAUUCAAUGAAAGAAGUUACCCCGUCCGCGUUUUCACGUAUUCCACCCCCACCUCCACCUCCCAAUUCUCCACCAUUGUUAUCCUUGUCUCCAUUUUUUCCAUCUUCACCAGAAUUACCCUCGACUCCAAUAGGUCCACCGCAAGUUAUACAGGCCACACCGGAUAGUACACCACGAAAUCUGCAGAAUUUAAAUACAUUAACGGAUAAUAAUAGUCCGCCUUAUUCUCCAUUUCCAGAUUCUCAUUUUGCCCAAUUUGAUGUACCAAGUCCACCGGUGUCCGCUCGUGGGUUUUCCCCAUUAUCUAAUCCUUAUUAUUCGGAUGACUCAGAAUCUUCUUACUCGAAUGACUCGGUUCAUCACUCACCGACAACACCAUUACCAACAACCGAGAUUAGUUCAUCUUCCGCUCAAC